UUCUUUUGUUGUUUUGUACCCAAAUCCACAAUAAUUUACCAGGUAUCCGAUCUCUCCACGAUGAUGAUGAAGUUUACUCGGGGUAUUUGAGCCCUCCCAGGCCCACGUCCAACCGGGGACGAUCAUCCUUGACAGGGAUCGACAUUCGUUCACAGAUCUUCCACCCUAACUAUCAUUUAUUUCCUUUUCCGGUAUGUGACAGCAACCAUGCUGCUUGACAUCAACGCCUCCACCUUGUCCGCCACAGGUGUGCUGUGCAUGCUCUUGUGUCUCAUUGUCAAGCUCUUUGAGACCUCGCCGGUACCCAAGAACAUCCCAUGGGUCCUGAGCAAAAAGGGUUUCUUUGGCCGCGCUGCUGAGCGCUUCCUCGGCGUCAACCCCAUCGGAUUCAUCCAAGAGGGAUAUGAAAAGUACUCCAAGAAUCAGGAACCCUUUGUGAUGCCUAGUGUCAAUGAGGGCGAUGAAGUCAUUCUUCCCAAGGAGCACACGAAUGCCGUCCUCUUCGCCAAGGAAUCCGAGUAUAGCUUCAAGGCUCACAUUAGCGACUUCUUCCAGCUCAAGUACACCAGUUGGCCCCUUGCCUUUGCCGAGCGAUAUGAGUUCUUCGUCAAGUUGGUCAGCAAGGACCUGACCGAUACCCUCAAAUCCAAAGCCGUCGCCGAGUCCCUGGCCGAGGAGGCGCGAUCUUGUCUCUCGGAUAUCUGGGGCGGGGACACGGACAACUGGGUCGAGGUUCCCUUGUACGCUUUUAUGGAGAAGGCCGCGGCUCGGAUGGUCAAUGUGCUGGCGAUUGGGCCAGGCAGGAGCCAUGAUACCAGUCUACUCAACGCCAUGACCAACUGCUCUAAUGCCAUUGUCUUGGGGGCCAAUGUCAUCAAGGCCGUUCCUUCAUUUCUUCACCCCAUUAUCGGUCCGAUCGUAGGACUCGCGAACCGAUGGCAAGAACGAGUGUUCCACAGGCGCAUGAAGCCUAUCAUCGAGGCCAAGAUCAAGGAGCAGAAAGAGGCAUAUAACUCGCACUCUCUCCAAGAAAGACUAAGGACAAACGGGAGCCUGCUCGACUUGCUCAUCCAAGCUGGCCUCCGCAGCAAGUGGCCCGUGGAACUCGAAACCAUGUGGCUGGCCUACCGCAUCUUCAUGAUCAACUUCCCCGGUGUACAUACAAGCGGUAUCUCCGCCACCAGCGCCCUUCUCGACAUCCUGAGCUAUCCCACCGAAGAGGGCUUCAUGGAUAUGCUCCAAGCGGAAGUCGAGCAGAUUGCCGCCACGUCGGACGGCUCAUGGUCUGCCGCUGACUUGGAACGAGCCGGUCUGCUAGAAAGUGCCAUCAAAGAGUCUCUUCGCUUCAACGGCGUCAAUGCCGUCUCGCCUACCAGAAAGGUCGUCGCACCAGAAGGCGCCGUCCUCCCUAAUGGUGUCUACCUCCCCUACGGCACCAAAAUCGGUAUCCCCCAGUACGCCGUCCACCGCGACAGCGACCUCUACCCCAACCCCGACGAAUACGACCCCUACCGCUUCUACAAGGAAAACGCCACGCCCCAGGAACGACGCCAGAAUCUCAUGACCAACACCAGCGACACAUACCUCGUCUUUGGCCACGGCCGCCGACAAUGUCCCGGCCGGUGGCUCUUUGCACAUAUCUUUAAGCUCCUUAUCGCCGAGAUGCUCCUCAAAUAUGAAAUCAAGCCCUUCGCUACCCGUCCCAAAAUCCACAGAUGGGGUCGCUUCCAAUUACCGCCACUCUCAGUAAAACUGACCGUUCGACGAAAAAAGAACACGGUCGCUGUUUAUAAUUGAUUCUCGACAUAAUAUUUCGCCGGCCGCCUUCGUUACUGGCCGGCCUCCGUUCAUUGUAUAUAUUUCCUUUUCCUUUUUUUCUAUACUGUAUAGCGACGUCUUUUCGAUAGAUGGAUACCAGCCAAUUGC